GGGCGUGGUCUUGACCUGUCAAGAAAGGGUUAAUUAUUUUGUACCUGAACACUAUGAACAGUGCAGUGAAUCUAUAAAAAAGAUAAUAUACAAUGCUUUCUGGAAAUAGAUUAUGGCGAGUUAGAAGAACUCGUUACAGUUAUAAUAUACUGGGACUCGUGAAAAAAGGAGAGAUUGAGAAAGCUGAAGAAGUCCUUCAGAGUAUGAUAGACCGUCGUGUCUAUCCUGAUAUCUUUGCAUAUAAUGCACUCAUUAAAGGAUAUGUACUGACCAGUGACGCUAGAAAAGCUUUUAAAACAUUUAAUAAUUUAAAGAAGAGAGGUCUUAUCCCAUCAGAUAUUAGCUAUGCAAGCAUGUUUGCUGUAUGCAGUCGGACGUGCAGUGUCAUUAAAUAUCACACAGUUUCUUUCCUUUCCUUAGCGAAAGUUUGUAGUGAUAGACUUUUAUUUCUUAUAAUUAUUGUUUAUUGUUGAUAGUUAUUAUUAUUAUUAUUAUAUUGAGUUUUUUGCUAUAUUUGCGAAUUGUAUUCAACCAAGAA